CUUGGUCAGCUCACUCUUGACUUUUUUGUGUUUUGACCAUUUUUGAAGAAAGACAAACGAAUCAGCUUCAAUACCUCUUUCCUCCUGACAUGGGAAGACGACGGAAAGGCGGCCAUCGCAAGAAGGCGGAGGAAUCUGACUAUGACAGUGAUGACCCUAGAGCAUACGCCAAAGAGAAAGAACCAGACCCAUCUUCCAGGGACUAUAUCUAUGAUGAAGUUGAUGAGUUUCAUGCCAACAAAGAAAAAAUCUCCUUGGAUGUAGGCACAGCGCUAGGACCAGCUGAUAGCUCUGACAAUGAGGAGGAAGAGGUUCUUGGCUGGGAUGAUGAAGACGAUGAAGAGGACACCAUCUUGAAAGAGAGGUUGCAGCGCUUCAGGAGGCAGGAGAAGAUGGACGAGAUGGCGAGCGAUCUGGAAGACGAGGAGGAUGACGACGAAGGUGAUGGGAACACAGAUGAGAUAAGCUCCAAGGCAUGGGGGAAGAGAAAACAGAACUAUUAUGACACCGACUAUGUGGACGAUGACCUUCCAGGUUUGGAUCAGUUGGAGGAGACUGCCAACCAAGAAGCAGAAGAGAAAGAAGCCCUAGCCAUCCAGAACAGAAUGGCCGAAGCCCUCCAGGAUGAUGACUUUGGUCUUGAUAUCUUCAAGAGUAGUGAAAAACAAGUAGAGAAAGCAACUACAGAUGACCUUGAGAGCGAGGAGAAGGUCACCAAAGAUCUCAGCAAACUUUCAAAGAGAGAAAAAUUAGAGCUUUUGAAAAAGGAAUCACCAGAGUUUCUACAGCUUGUGGCAGACUUCAAAGUAAAGAUGCGUGAGCUGAUAGAUCGUCUCCAGCCUCUAGUGGGUCUCAUCAAGGAUGGCGUUAUCCAGGAAGGUUCAGAAGGAGCUCAGUAUGUCCACACCAAGUACCAACUCUACCUCAGUUACUGCAUGAAUAUCAGUUUCUACAUGAUCUUGAAGGCCAAACAUGUUCCAGUUUCUAACCAUCCUGUCAUUGGUAGAAUCUUGGCUUUCGGAAAGCUGAUAUCUGAAUUGCAACCCGUCGAUGAGAAAUUGGCAGAGGAAAUAGAAUCUCUCUUGAGCAAGACAGACGAUGUUGAAGAGGAGACCAAACAGACAAGAUUAGAGAGAGAAGAAGAACUUAUCGUAGCACCAAAGAUAGACAAGAAAAGGAAAAAAAGGAGGAAACAAGAAGACACCACAAUAGAAGCAGAGUCAACAUCCACUAAACGAAAGAAGACUCUGCCCUCGUUAUCAGAAGAGGAAUUAAAGGCUCUUGAAUACUACAAGAAAAUAGAGAAUAAACAGCGAGAGAAGAAGAAACAAGAACUACCAUCUAUUGGAGAUUUGGAUGAGGAGGGUGAAGAGGAUGAGGAAGAAGACGGAGAUGAGAAGAGGGCCAUCACCUACCAGAUCUCUAAGAACAAGGGAUUAACAGCCUACAGACGCAAGGAACUCAGGAAUCCUAGAGUCAAGAACAGGAUGAAAUUCCGCAAGGCCAAGAUCAGGAGAAAAGGACAGGUACGGGAGGCAAGGACAGAGCUACAGCGAUACAGUGGAGAGGCGUCAGGGAUCAGAGCUGGGGUCAUCAAGAGUGUCAAGAUCAGAUGAGAUCAUCUUUAAACAGUCUUAUCUGCAGAUCUUCCUAUCUUCAUUUUUAUCAUCAGUCGUAUCUUUGGGGUUGUCAAGAUCAGAUGAGAUUAUCUUCAAACUGUCUAACUUCAGAUCCUCCUAUCUUCAGUUUUAUCUUCAGUCUAUCUUUUGGGAUUAUCGGGAGUGUCAAGAUCAGGCGAAAAUAUCUUUAAUCCGUCUUAUCUUCAAUCCUAUCCUCAGUUUAUAUUUGGUCAUAUUUUGGGGUCAUUGGGUGUCAGAUCACAUGAGAUGAUUUGGGGCCCGUUGCAGAAAGAGUUGCGUUUAAACGCAAGUCAAAAAAUCAAUCGCAAGUCCCAAAUGCG